CGCGGGUUACCUGUGCUUAGGUUAGUUUGUGCUGUGAUUGGGCGCCAGCCUGUGUGAUUGUGGUUGCCAUCGGCUUCGACUUUUCGAUCAUUUCGGAUAACGCGGGUUCUAGUUGCAGGCGCAUCCUGCCGAACAUGAAUCAGACCAACACACAGCAUUAAACAACAAACUCUGAGUCAAACGUUAAGAUGUCUCAGUUUCUAGUCGUGUUGCUGGCGUUGAGCCUGUGCUCGUUGACAGCCGCCCAGUCCAAUUACGCGGACCAGGCGAACAACAUCGAGUAUCAAGGAGAAGGCCUGCCCGAACAGGCGACCCUCGAUGGCAAAGUCACCAAACUGGACGAUCUCAGUCCGGUCAUCUUCCUAAAUCGCACCAAGGCGGUGCUGAACUGCGCCGCCGGCUCCAUGCAGAUCGAUCUCAAGUUCAACGAUAAAUUUUACGGGAUCGCCUAUGCCGACUUCGACAGGAACUCGGCCUGUCAGGUUUACGGCAACGGCGGGCUCAACUACAAAUUGGAGUUGCCGCUGAAGGGUUGCGGAACGAAGCAGGAACCUCAACGUGUUUUUACCAACAACAUAGUUGUUAGGUUUCAUCCUGGUUUAGAAAUUGAUGGAGACGAAAUCAUCACCAUAGUAUGCCGCUAUCCCCCGCCAGUAGCACCAAUUCCAGCACCAUUGCCAAUUCGCAAAGAUUUGGUACCCGCAGCAGCCUUAGAGCCACCACUAAAAGGAUUCCAAAUCCUCUUAAUCAUCUGCGGUAUUCUUUUCCUCUCCCUUCUACUACUUGGAUUAGGAUGUUCCUACUACUGUUUACGAAAACGAAACGUCACAGUCAUCAGACAUCCUUUCUCUUCAAUCGGAACUGGCUCAGAAAUCACCAAACUUUCUGGAAGUUCUCUUGGAAACCUUUCAAUGUUCGAAGGUCUCAAGAUUCCCAGAGCUCACGCUCCUCCAAUAGCAGGAGGAAGCAGUUCCGGAAGCGAAGGACCGUUGAUCAGCGACACCCUUCCUUCCGACUACCCGUCGGAGUCGCACUCCGAAAUCGAAGACGUCGACACUCGCUCCUUGCCAGUCUCGUCGGCCGGUAGCUUCGAAAACAAGGCCUACGUGCAGGACAACAGCAGCUUCUACAGCGAAGGAUAUGGCCACACUCAAGAACAACAGAUGCAGAACGCAGUCGCUACUCCAGCUAUGGUACCAAGACUUCCACUGGCCGUUAAGGAUCAACCCAAGUUCGACGUGCAGGUGCGAGUCAAGAGGGCGCCGCCCUCUCCGCCAAGUAUCUCCUUGUCGGAUUCUGAGAGUUCUGUGGCUAGAACUGAGAGGAAUCUGUCUACGAUCAUGGAACAACGCGAAGAGAGCGUCAGAUCUAUGGACUCACCGUUGCCGCAAGAAAGGACUCAAUUCACUUACGUCCCUGAGUUGCACCCACCACCUAAACAUGUACAGCCAGCUCCUACUUUCAAUAGGAUUUUGAGGAGACAACAAGAAUUGCAUGAAGAGCCCGCUAGAAUUACUCCUGCCAGGUCUAUUGCUUCUUUGAAUACCGAAAUGACUGACACACAUUCCUUGACUGAAAUUAUCGAUGACUCUCACCACAAAAUUGUGACUGCUGCUCCACCACCGCCCCCACCGAUUAUUCCAAGACAAGAAUACGUUAUGGAGAUGGAAGAACCUGAGUCUUUGGAACCUCCAAUUGCUGUUGUUCACAAACCAGAGAUCACCUCUCAUGUUGUCGACGAUGUUUAUUUAAGAACGAUAACUGAGAAGAAGACAAUCGAAGACAUCGAACGUCACAAGAGAUUGGUAACUGAAUACCACACUCGCCAAAAACCUGUUGAGGAUCAGAGAUGGGACGUCACAAUUAAGAACUACCCAGCUGAAAUGAGGGAACCUCCAGAAUGGGAGAACUUCUCAGACAUUUCUUCCGCUUCCGGCAUGACUUUGACACCGAAAAUGGAACGUUCUGUAAUGAGUCUCCCACCACCAAGCUCCAUCGAUGAUAACAAACUACCGUUGAACUCCCCAGAGUUGGUGGGCAGCAUUGGACAACAACCACCUCGGCAGCAACCUCGUCACACCGCCACACUCAGUCUUCCACCCAGAGAAGAAAACUUCUUAUCCACGUUCAACAUACCGAUCGAAAAUCCAGAAGUUCCUAACUGGAACGUAUUGAUCAGAGUCUUACAACCAGAACCAGAGGAAGGACCUGUAAUCGAAAGUGCCGAAAUUUUCAACUCUCAAUUGACAAUGGCCGACAAGAUUAAAUGGCGUCAGAUUAUCACAACCGAAUCCACCCUUCGCACCCUUCUGACGGAAGCAGUGGUACGCGAAGAUUUCGAAAGAAUCCGUCGCGACACAAGAUACGAACAGUUGUUCGAGCCACCAAAAUGGGACGUGAUCAUCCGUAUCUUGACCCCGGUGGACAAACCGAAAACUCGCUUCAAGAAAAAAUCCGACUGGGACACUAGAAGUCGCCGCAGCAGCUUGCCAACCCUUUACGAAUACGACUCCGAUGGAGGAAGCUCCGUGAGAACGAUCACUAAAGAGCCGAUGGUGCAUCCAUCAAUUCCGUUGAGAUCUAGGAAGACGUCCAAGUCCAGUUACAGAAGCGAGGCUGAUCUCAGAUCCAUGUCCGAGAUGAUCGUAGACUUCGGCCGUCCGGAUCACGGCGACAGUCAUUCCGAGGCGUCCAGUUACUAUCCUGGCCGAUACUACGAUGAUCCUGAAGCCGAUCACCACCCACACCCAGGCUUGGCCAGAUCCUUAAGUCAGCCCAGUUUGGCCAGAUCCGCCAGCGAGUUUACAGAAAGAUGGGCUGCCCCAUCGAGGUACGACACCGCCAGCGAGUACACAUCUCCCGAAGGUACUCCCAAGUCUCAGAGGAGCACGAGGAUUCAGCCACAUCACUUGUCGUUACCGAGGGAAACGUCCGAACGAAGUUCGGUUUGGCAAACAGCCACCGCGAGCAGAGUGUCUCAAGGGCCGGGUCACUCCGCCCAGGCUGUCGUGACGCAGGAGUUUAGGAGUGAGGCUUCGACCAGUUUCAUGGGGCCGCCGCCCAAAAACUGGUUCGGAGACAACGACAGCGAAGCUAGUUAUAAGUAAAUAAAUCCUAUUAGUUGCUAAUUUACUAAUAACCGGUUUACUGCCCGCAUAUUAUUAUGUUUAACUUUUAGUGUAAAUUAAUUACUAUUUAACCGGUACCUACUGCCCUUUUUUAUACAUUGUAAAGGAUUAUUACGUACUAGGUAGUAAUAUUUAGUAACUAGAAUGCUGUGAUAAUGGACGUCUAGGAAUGUAUUGGAUUGCGGAUUCUUUUGACCUAAGGGCUUACCCGGUUUUUCACUUUUCCACGGAGGCUGUGGGGAAUUGCAGAAUUGGGUAUAUAUUUUACAUUUUUAACGACUCUCAUUUAUCUCCACGAUUGUACUGAGUACGAUUGCUCAAUUUUAUCUUUUGUCUUUUUUGGUGGCGGGAUUUAGGGCUUCUUUAUACUACUAAAACCUACUAUAUUUUGUAUAAAAUUUUAUACGAUUUUUUUUAAUAUAAUAUUCCUAGUUUAGGUGCUAUUUUAAUUAUAUUAAAAUUGUUUGUAACUAUUUUUAUACGAAACAAAUAAUUUAUAUUUUAAUUGUAUUACAUUUAAAUAUAAUAAAUUGCUUUUUUACUAUAA